AUGGCUCACAUUCGUGGAGAUUGCGACACUUUAGCAAACCGACGUACUGUAAUGCCUGCUGUAGCGUGCUCGUUGGCUGGGGUGGAAAGCAGGGACUUAGUUGUUGCUUGUGCAAGUACACAGUUCACGAGAGAUGUGUUCGUAGCGCAGCAAACAAUUGUAUUCGUACCUACUCGAAUAGAUUACAAGGUUCACCAUCGCUGUAUGUCCGCUUUGUCUCAAGAAUGUGAUCUAGGAAUUCUUUCUUACCAUACUUUGCCACCUACUCAUAUUUUCCCAGCAUUUCUUGAGCGUAAGGCUUCCUCUUUCAGGAAGCAUACAAACGGGCAGAGCUUGUUACAGGCAGUGAGUCCCGGAGUCCACACGAGACCCCUGCUGGUGCUUGUUAAUCCAAAAAGCGGCGGAAAGCAGGGAAUAAGGAUAUUGCAGAAAUUUGCUUAUAUUUUGAAUCCUAGACAAGUUUACGAUUUAUCGAAGACCGGACCAGAGCCUGGUCUCCACCUCUUCUCAUCAGUCAGCAACUGCAAUAUCUUAGUUUGUGGGGGUGACGGGACUAUUGGAUGGGUGCUUGAAUCGAUGGAUAAAAUGGAAGAUCUGUUUGUUCAUGGACGACCUCCUGUGGCUGUGCUCCCCUUGGGAACUGGAAAUGACUUGGCAAGAUGCCUAAGAUGGGGAGGAGGAUAUGAAAACGAGAGCUUGUACAAAAUUCUUUUGCAAAUAGAAAAAGCCACAACUAUUGACAUGGACCGAUGGUCGAUAAAAAUUAUGCCAAAAGAGAAACACAAAAAGAAAGAGGAGAAGGGUGACCCACAACCUUACAAUAUUAUCAACAAUUACUUCAGUAUAGGAGUGGAUGCAUCAAUCGCUCAUCGCUUCCAUGCUAUGCGAGAGAAAUAUCCGGAGAAAUUCAACAGCCGAAUGAGGAACAAAUUAUGGUAUUUCGAAUUGGGCACUAGCGAAACGCUUUCGAGUUCUUGUAAAAACUUACACGAGCAGAUCGACAUCCAUUGCGAUGGAGAGACCAUUGACUUAGGACAAGAGUCAUCGCUUGAGGGUAUCGCCAUUCUCAAUAUCCACUCGAUCUAUGGCGGGAGCAAUCUAUGGGGAAGAAGUAGGAAAGGAAAGAUUUCGCGCUUCAAUUUUCAACUGCCAAGCAAUAACGAGAGGGUGCCGCUGCAGUCGCGAGUGCAGGAUAUCGGAGAUGGUUUGGUUGAGCUUGUGGGACUCGAAUCAGCUAUGCAAAUGGGACAAAUAAAGGCUGGAGUACGAGGAGCCAGGCGUUUAUCGCAAUGUUCUACAAUUGUCAUCGAAACGUUUAAAUCUUUCCCGAUGCAAAUUGACGGAGAGCCGUGGAUGCAGCCACCAUGUAUGAUCCAAAUCACUCACAAAAAUCAAGUGAAGAUGCUUGUUGCACCUCGAAAACGCAGCUCUUGGUCACUACUGAGCAGACAGUCAACGUCGGAGGAUAUUUAA